UCUGUUUUGGGACAUCAAGAGUAAAACUCGGACAAUAAGUUUUACUACACGAUACUUCUGACUGGGACCACACUGCUGCACUCCUGCACUGCAUCCAUUCCACCGUCUGACCCAAAGGUUGAGCACAAGCUAGAAAAGAAACGAAGAGAAAAAAAAAAGAAGCUGUCAUCAUGGCGCUGAUGAUAUUGCCAUUCAUUGGACCGGUGUCGGUGUCGGAGAGUUUGGUGGCCAUGAUAACCAUGUGUCUGGUCUACAUGAUCCUCAAGUUUUUCCGCACUGAGAUUCCCGAGGGGCUUCGUCAGCUGCCCGGACCGAAGCCUCUGCCCAUCAUUGGAAAUGUGAUUGAGGUGGGAAGAAAUCCUUACCUGAGUCUCACUGCCAUGAGCAAGCGCUACGGCGACGUCUUCCAGAUCCAGAUUGGCAUGCGUCCCGUCGUCGUGUUGAGUGGCAGUGAAACAGUCCGACAGGCUCUCAUCAAGCAAGGGGAAGAGUUUGCCGGCAGGCCCGACCUGUACAGCUUCAGGUUCAUCAACAAUGGCAAGAGUCUGGCCUUCAGUACCGACCAGGCCGGCGUCUGGCGUGCCCGCAGGAAGCUGGCCUACAGCGCCCUGCGCUCCUUCGCCACCUUGGAAGGAACGACACCAGAGUACUCGUGUGCGCUGGAGGAACACGUCAGCAAAGAGGCAGAGUACCUGGUCAAACAGUUCAACACUGUCAUGGAGACCGAUGGCAGCUUCGACCCCUUCCGCCACAUUGUCGUCUCCGUUGCUAACGUGAUCUGCGGCAUGUGCUUCGGCCGACGCUACGACCACAACAACCAGGAGCUGCUCAACUUGGUGAAUCUCAGCGAUGAGUUCGGCCAGGUGGUGGCCAGCGGUAACCCUGCAGACUUCAUCCCUAUUCUUCAGUACCUGCCCAGCACAGCAAUGAAGAAGUUUUUGAACAUCAACGACCGCUUCAACGCCUUUGUGCAAAAGAUCGUCAGCGAGCACUACAACACCUUUAACAAGGACAACAUUCGGGACAUCACAGACUCCCUCAUUGAUCAUUGUGAGGACAGGAAGCUGGAUGAGAACUCCAAUGUCCAGAUGUCAGAUGAGAAGGUUGUAGGAAUCGUCAAUGACCUGUUUGGAGCUGGUUUUGACACCAUCUCCACUGCCCUAUCUUGGUCUGUGAUGUACUUGGUUGCAUACCCAGAGAUACAGGAAAGGCUUCAUCAAGAGAUAAAGGAAACUGUGGGCCUGGAUCGCACACCUUGUCUCUCUGACAGACUCAACUUACCCUUCCUGGAAGCCUUCAUCCUGGAAAUCUUUCGCCAUUCUUCAUUCCUGCCCUUCACCAUCCCUCACUGCUCGACAAAAGACACAUCUCUGAACGGCUACUUCAUUCCCAAAGACACCUGUGUCUUCAUCAAUCAGUGGCAGAUCAACCAUGAUCCUGAGCUGUGGAAAGAUCCGUCUUCCUUCAACCCAGACCGCUUCCUGAAUGCUGACGGCACCGAGGUCAACAGGCUAGAGGGGGAGAAGAUGAUGGUGUUCGGCAUGGGAAAACGACGCUGCAUCGGAGAGGUCAUUGCACGACACGAAGUCUUCCUCUUCUUGGCGGUCCUCGUCCAGAAUCUGCGGUUCCACGCGAUGCCCGGCGAGCCACUGGACAUGACCCCAGAAUACGGUCUCACAAUGAAGCACAAACGCUGCCACCUGAGAGCUGCGAUGCGAGCGAAGAACGAGGAGUGAAGCUGUUUGGAAUGUGCAAUGUAUGACUCAGUAUGUGCAAGUUGACUCUAACACUGUCACAGUGAGCUAAAGAGUCGGUUAAAGAAGCUAAAUUUGUAUCCCAAAAUGUGAUUUUUACGUGCAUAUCAAGAUAUUUGUAUUUUUUAUGUGCCUAGCGUUUGUAUAUAUUUGAGGUGAAAAAUUGUUUUAUGUGCAUCUAUCUGAAAUAUCAGGACACCAAAAGAGUUCCAGUGAUUUAUUUUGUUUUUUGCAAUAUAUUUGAAGGCUAUACAUCUUUUUUUUUUUUUUAUAUAUAUAUAUAUAUAUUUCUAUCUCCACUGUACCAAUGAUUGUAUAUAACAUGUAAGGACAAAUCAGCCUCGCAAAUAAAAGUUAUAAAAUA